GGCACGGAACGGAGCGCCAAGCACAGGCUGGAAGCUUUGGCGCCCGGCCCGGGGGCGAUCGGCCCUUAGCGCCCCCGGGUCUAUCCCCGGGGCGCCAUGGCCCCACGGAGGCCGGGCGCACCCUCGGGGCCCCGGGCGCUUCGGCUCUCACGCAGCUGAGUAGGGUGCAGCGUGGAGAAGAGGCCGGGGCCCCCUGGAGUGCAGGUGGGGGGCCGGCGACAUGGAGCCCCCGGCCGCCUCCUCGGAGAGGAGCCUGUCUUUGUCUCUGCCCGGGCCCCGGGAGGGUCAGGCCACCCUGAAGCCGCCUCCCCAGCACCUGUGGCGGCAGCCGCGAACCCCUAUCCGUAUCCAGCAACGCGGCUACUCGGACAGCGCGGAGCGCGCAGAGCCGGAGCGGCCACCACACCGGCCGAUAGAGCGCGCCGACGCCGUGGACACCGGCGACCGGCCCGGCUUGCGCACGUCCCGCAUGUCCUGGCCCUCGUCUUUCCACGGCACGGGCAGCAGUGGCGCGGGCGGAGGCAGCUGCAGGCGGCGCCUUCGGCUUCUUCGAAGCUGCCAGGAUGUCGGCCGCCAGGCGUGGGCCGGCUUCGAGGCAGAGAAUGGGCCUACCCCGUCGCCCGGCCGCAGCCCCCUGGACUCGCAGGCGAGCCCGGGCCUCGUGCUGCACGCCGGGGCGGCCACCAGCCAGCGCCGAGAAUCUUUCCUCUACCGCUCCGACAGCGACUAUGACAUGUCGCCCAAGACCAUGUCCCGGAACUCGUCAGUCACCAGCGAGGCGUAUGCUGAGGACCUCAUCGUGACGCCCUUUGCCCAGGUGCUGGCCAGUCUCCGGAGUGUUCGCAGCAACUUCUCACUCCUGACCAAUGUGCCCAUUCCCAGCAACAAGCGAUCCCCACUGAGUGGCCCAACCCCAGUCUGCAAGGCCACACUGUCAGAGGAGACAUGUCAGCAGUUGGCCCGGGAGACGUUGGAGGAGCUGGAUUGGUGUCUGGAGCAGCUAGAGACCAUGCAGACCUACCGCUCAGUCAGCGAGAUGGCGUCCCACAAGUUCAAGAGGAUGCUAAACCGGGAACUCACACACCUGUCAGAGAUGAGCAGGUCAGGAAACCAGGUCUCUGAAUACAUCUCCACCACAUUCCUGGACAAGCAGAAUGACGUGGAGAUCCCAUCACCCACAAUGAGGGAUGGAGAAAGGGCACCUCGGCCGAGACCCUCCCACCAGCCCCCACCCCCGGAGCCACAGUUCCAGCCGAUGUCUCACAUCACGGGGGUGAAGAAGAUGAUGCAUAGCAGCAGCCUGACAGACGCCAGCGUACCCCGCUUUGGGGUGAAGACAGACCAAGAGGAGCUCCUGGCCCAAGAACUGGAGGACCUGAACAAGUGGGGCCUGAACAUCUUCCACGUGUCAGAUUAUGCCCGGGGCCGUUCCCUCAGCUGCGUCAUGUACACCAUAUUCCAGGAACGGGACCUCCUGAAGAAGUUCCACAUCCCGGUGGACACGAUGGUGACAUAUAUGCUGACUCUGGAGGACCACUACCACCAGGACGUGGCCUACCACAACAGCCUGCACGCCGCCGAUGUGCUGCAGUCCACCCACGUGCUGCUGGCCACACCUGCGCUGGACGCUGUGUUCACGGACCUGGAGAUCCUCGCCGCCCUCUUCGCGGCUGCCAUCCACGACGUGGACCACCCUGGGGUCUCCAACCAGUUCCUCAUCAACACCAAUUCGGAGCUGGCGCUCAUGUACAAUGACGAGUCGGUGCUGGAGAACCACCACCUGGCCGUGGGCUUCAAGCUGCUGCAGCAGGACAACUGUGACAUCUUCCAGAACCUCAGCAAACGCCAGCGGCAGAGCCUGCGCAAGAUGGUCAUCGACAUGGUGCUGGCCACCGACAUGUCCAAGCAUAUGACGCUCCUAGCUGACCUGAAGACCAUGGUAGAAACCAAGAAAGUGACCAGCUCAGGGGUCCUCCUGCUGGACAACUACUCCGACCGCAUCCAGGUCCUGAGGAACAUGGUGCACUGUGCGGACCUCAGCAACCCCACCAAGCCGCUGGACCUGUACCGCCAGUGGACAGACCGCAUCAUGGCCGAGUUCUUCCAGCAGGGCGACCGGGAACGGGAGCGUGGCAUGGAGAUCAGCCCCAUGUGCGAUAAGCACACGGCCUCGGUGGAGAAGUCUCAGGUGGGUUUCAUCGACUAUAUUGUGCACCCACUGUGGGAGACAUGGGCUGACUUGGUCCACCCAGAUGCCCAGGAGAUCCUGGACACAUUGGAAGAUAACCGGGACUGGUACUACAGCGCCAUUCGGCAGAGUCCGUCGCCACCACCUGAGGAGGAGCCGGAGGGGCCAGACCACCCAACCCCUCCUGAUAAGUUCCAAUUUGAGCUGACGCUGGAUGAAGAGGAGGAGGAGGCGGUGUCCUCUGCCCUGGGUGCAGUUGAGGUGCAGGAAUUAUUCAUGGCUCAGGAUGCACCCCCAGCGGAGGAACUGUUGGAUGUCGAUGGCCAAGAUGCAUCCACGGAGGUGGGGGUGGAGGAAAUGUCCUUGACACAGCAAGCAGACAGUGUGGCUGUGGGCCAGGAUGAGUCCACAUCCCCAGAUGCAUCGGUGGAUGCCAUGGGCUGUAGCAGCUCCCACGCCCUGUCUCCAGAGAGCCCCGCUCUGCCUGCCUUGAGGACCCCACCCACUCCAGAGGCUGCCCCGGGCCUCCGGGGCCUCCCCUCCAAGGCAGCCGAGGUGGGGGCCCAGAAAGAGCAUCAUCAGGCUGCCAAGAGGGCGUGCUGUGCCUGCACAGGGACACUGGGCGAGGACCCACACACACUCCCAGCCCCUGGUGGGUGGGGGUCUGCUGGAGGCCCUACCUGAGCCUCAGCCUCUACACCCUUUCACCCUUCCUGCCUCCUUUCACCACCAUCGUCCCCCGACUGCCUCCUUCACUGCCUCAAAGACUCUUCGGCCUCCUGAGAAAAAAGAAAACAGAAAAGUGGGGUUUUUUUCUCUUUUCUUUUUUUCCCCUUUCCUCCCCACCCCCAACCCAACCCACGGGGCCACAUUUUGGAGGUGGGGCCUGGGGAAGGAGGGGCUGAGGUUCUGGAAGGGGUUUUAUUUUUGGAAUUUUCAUUGUUACAUUUUUAGAAAAAAGAAAAAAAAAACAGGGAAAAAAAAAACAAAACAGGAUGAAACACAGCAACUGUAGAUGCUCCUGUUCCCGGCUCCCCUGGUCCAUCUCCGACCCCUCCCCCCUCCCAGGCCCCAGGCCCAGUCUUCCAGCCUCUGUGGGCUCUCCACCUGAGCCCAAGCAGGCGUAAGGUCUCCUUCCAGGCUCUUCCUAAAUUUGGAGGGUUUCUAGAAUCCAGCCAGGGAAUAGCCAUUCUGGGCAGGAGCCCAGUGGGGCGGGUCACUGUGAGAGGCCCCAGCUCCAGCCCCUCUCAGGCUCACUGCCUCCCCGCCAAGUCUUCCACCUCAUUUUGCACAAACCUGGCAAUAUUGACUCGGGGACAGGCGUGGGGAUGCUGUACAACUUAGGAUGCUGGGAGGGGAAGGUGUGAAGGGGACGUUUGCACCACCAGCCUGGGGUCUGAGCUCUGAGGAGGGCCUGAUCCUCCCUCCACUUGCCACCCCCUUCCCCUUCCACUUUGGGUUCCGUUUGACUUUUCUCCAUUUGGGGGGACAGCUCCAAGCUGCACCCCCUGCUUCCAGCUGCUUCUCCUCUUGUUUCUGCCUUAAUGAUUCUCAUGGCCAUAGGAGAGGGUUGCAGUGGCUCCCACCUGCACCUUGGGUGGGGCGGGGCCAGACCCAGAGCCCCAUCCUAGGCAUCCCCCCAGCAUCCUCCUGCCCCCCUCCCUGACCCUUUGCCCUAGGAGGAAGCAAUAAUGGUGUACACCCACAUUCCCUUUCUGGGCCUCCCUACCCUGGCACCAAAGUCAUUUCUCCUUUGUUCCACCUUGCCAAGCUUCCCCUUGUCCCCUAACUAUUCCCCAAGCAAUAUGACAGACAGAUGCAAGGCCAUUUCUCUCCAAGCCAUGGGGGACUGUUUGGAAGGAAGGACCCCCUCCUCCCUCUCCCCUAUUCCCCGUGGCCUGGUUCUGCAGUUGGGUGGGGCAGGGCCUCUCUCAUUGCCCCCACCCCUUCGAUUCUGAGCACACGGUACUGUAGCCUCCCCCUCCCUGCAGCCUUCCAUCUGUCUGUCUAUCCCACUGGGGAGUACCACCCUCUCCCACCCUCAUGAUACUGUACAGGGUUCAUUUUUGUAGCGCAAGUAGUUUCUGUCCUAGCCGGCAACCGGAGUGGGCCUUUUUUGUUUGUUUUCUUGUUUUCCUUUCUUUCUUUUUCUUUGUACAUACUGUAAGGUUGGUUUGUAAAUUUAUUCUACAGAGGCAAAAAGGGAAAAUAAAUUUGCCCUUCCCCGGCUGACCCAGUCAGGGAAGGAAGGGUGGGGAUCUCCCAAGAGGGAGAAUCCCUAUUCCAGUUGUAUUAUACCAACUGUACCAUAGACCCCAAAAGGGUGGGCUCGGCGCUGUUUGAUGGGGAGUCGGUUCAUCCAGGGGGUGAGGGCUGGGCAGAGCCUGUCCCUCCCCCUGCCCAGGGCUGGGUUCAACUGGCAACAGUUGAGAUGGACCAUCCCACCCCCAAUCAGGGCUCCUCUUUCCAUGGGGGGUGCACAAGACCCCCGGGAGGUACUCCAGUUUAUCCACUUUGAGGGUCAAUCAAUCAGUCCAUUGAUCGAUGAUAAUCUUUCGAUCUUGUCUCCAAUUAAACCGAGGCUUUCACUGAU